UAUAUUUUAAUCUGUAUUCUGUAGUGUAAGGUAAGAUCAAAUUUCUGUGUGGACUCUGGAAUUAUCUGUGAAAAAUAUUAUCAGAAUUUUAUCACAAACCAUUGAAAUAUGAAUGAUAACAUGAGGUAUUUGGAGAAAUCAAUCAUCGUUCAUUUAAAAUAAAUUUCGAGGAGUGAAAUUGUGACGGUGUAAAAUACCAUUACACCUUAUAUCUUCACAAAAAUACGCUCCUGUUUAUUUCCGGCUAAAGGUUUUAAACGUGGUAAAUAAUGGCGCAUUAAAAAGUUAACAUCUUGUUAACAAGCAUUCCAAUAUUAAAUAAUAAGAAUUUAACAAAAAUGGCAAGAUAUUAUGAAAAUACGACAACAUUCAACUACAGCUGGGAACAAGUUGCUCGAGGUUAUUGGAAGAGAUACCCUAAUCCACAAAGUACCCAUGUUUUAUCCGAAGACACAUGGAGCAGACAAGUUAAGGACGGAUGCCUGUAUACAAAAAGACUAUUGACAAAAACAAACAGAGUACCAAAGUGGGGUGAAAGGUUCUUUAGUGCAAAAUCGGUUAAGAUCAUAGAAGAAAGUGUAGUCGAUCCAGAUAAAAAGGUUUUGGUUACAUACACCAGAAAUUUAGGCUACACAAAAGUUAUGAGUGUAGUGGAACGAGUAGAGUACAGGCCGUCAGGUCCGGGACAGACGAUUGCGAAGCGCUCCGCCUGGAUUGAUUCACAAGUGUUCGGUUUCUCGAGAGCUAUAAGGGCGUUUGGGCUCGAUCGUUUCAGGAAGAAUUGUAACCAGAUGGUGAGCGGCUUCAACCACGUGCUGCAGGGCAUGUUCCCGCGCGCGCCGGCCGCGCACGCGCCGCCCGUGGCGCACGCGCUCAAGGAGAUGCGCGAGGCCGCCGCCGCCGCGCGCGCCACCGCCAGCGCGCUCGCCCCCGUGCAGCGCAGCUAACCGGACCGCGCGCACGGUAAUGAAAGCUGUGAAUGAAUUUGGAUCGAUCUGUGACUUUGAAUCAAUAAAUCGAACAUAGUUAUCAAAGCUGAAUAACUAAAGCAAUAACGUAAAAGCUUAUUACUAUUCUGCAUAAGUGUUGAUUAGAAAUAACAGUUAAAUUAUUUUCGAGAAAUGCCACUGUGUUGCAGUCCUUUAUAAGGUAAAAAUAUAGACUUCCAAAUAUAUAAGACUAGUUAAGGUGAUGAGAGGUAUAAUAUCUUGUGUAAUGAAAAUGUUGAGAGAAGGAAAAAAAUAUUGUCGUUUGUCUAUUGUUUACAUAAUAAUAAAUAUUAUUGCCAUAUGAAAUAAUUCUAAAUUUUAUUAUCGCUUUAAAAUGUAAAAGUAUUUCAGCAACACUGCCACUUUAUUGUAAAUGCAUUCAUGCUACUCGUACCUUAAAACAAUGUUAUUACAUUAAAAUUAGUUUAUUC